AUGGCAGCGGCGCCCCUUUCACUGGAGCGCUACAUUCGCUUCCUUAUAUGGAGCGCCGCGCCUUAUAAGGCGCCGCCUCGUCGCCAUGGUCACGUUGUCAAUGGGUCUCUAUCUUUGCACCCCCCGCAUCCCUCCCGCGGAGCACGUGACCCGAGGCAGCAGGAGAAGCAGCGGCGGCGGAGAAGCGAAAUUGACAAGCGGAGACGGAGGAGCGACGCUGCUGCUGCUGCCGCCGCCGCCGCAUCUCUCGGAAAAGAAAAGUUCCUCGCCCGCUCCGCCUCUCCCUUGUCCCUAGGAUUUUAAUUUUUUUUUAAAAGCCAGUUUUGAGGGAAGCGGGGGAGGAAAAAAUAAAAAUAAAAUAAAAUUCCGAAGCAUUGUCCGGCGGCUUGCGCGGGCGGGAGCUGCGCGCAGGCGCAACUUCAGGAUCGGGGCCGCCGCGUUGCGCGCCAAAGAAGAAACUGCUGCUUUUUUUUAGCACUGGAGGGAGAAGCGCAAGGAGCAGCCUCGAGAGCCCCCCAGGCGGAAUUUGCUUCAAAGAAAAGAAAAGGGAAAAAAAAAGAGAGAAAACCAUCAAUUUCUUCUGCAGGAUUCCGAAGGAGAAUUAAAAGCGCUUUUCGAGCAGGUCUGGGUCCUACCCUCCUUUUCCCUCUUCCUUUCCGAUAAAGGAGAUGUUUCCCCCCUCGCUUUGGGGUGGUGGUAUUAUUAUCAAACCUUAUUUUAUCUUGGUGGUUUUGCUUGUGGUUAAGUCAUGGCUGCCCACUCUGACAGAUAGGAAUUUAUUUUUGAAUUUAUUUGGGGGUGCAGUGGUAAGUCGAAGGAGCGCUGCCUAUUUUUUUUGUCUUCCUGUUGGAGAAGAAAAGCUUUCCCUAAUUUCUGGGGUACUUUCCCCUUUUCAGGUAGCAAAUGACACGAGGCAGCAUCGUGCUAUAGGCACACCUACCUGUGAGUUUUACUCCAUCCUAAAGUAGCGAGCUCCUCCACUGACUGCAGGGGCGCGCGCUUACUCCUGAGUAAACGGGUGAAGGUUUGUGCCGUGUUAGGAGCGAUUUAUCCCCACCCUCUCCCGCAAAAGCAAGACAGGAUAAUGAUGACUCCCGAAAAAGGAAAAUUAAAAAGAAAGAACUUUCGUUGGGGAAAAAUAUAUGAGAGUUUGCAGAACAGGCAGAAACUUCACAAAUUGAUUUUUGCUCUCUUUAAAAAAACAACAACACGAUUUAAACAGUACAGAUUUGAUGUUAGUUUUUUGCAACAAUGAUGUUUAAGGAUGGCUUUUGGUGUUCAGCUGAAAAACGAAAAACUUGCCCAGUCAUCUGUACUGGCAUCACUUGCUAGGAUUAUUAAUUAUUAUUUCUGUGGGAUGAAAUUAUGGUAAUUCAAAACGAGUUUAACGGUACUAAAUAUUCUGUUAUAAUUAAAGAAAUAAUUAUAUGUAAUUUCCGUAGCAGGAUUUGACAUCUGUUAAAAAUAUUACUAAUGCUAAUAAAGUUGCUUUAAUUGUAAUAGGGUGAAAGCUUAACACAAUUGUGUAUAGACAGUGGCAUGAAUAUUUAUUUAAUAUAGACUGUUGUUACUAAUGACCGUUAAUGUCUAGAGAAGGAAACAGGAUCUAAUAAUAUUAGCAACAAUAGUGUUAUCAACAGUAAUCACUAGUAAUUUUAUUAACAGCAAUCUAAUGCUGUUAAUCAUGAUGUAUCAAUUACCAUUACCUGUAAAAAUAGCAACGUAUUAAUAGGAAUAUAUUGCUAAUAAUGUACAGUAUUGCUUUUAACAGUAUUGCAUUACUGAUAUUACAGAUUUUGCAGGUAGCAAUAUCAAUACAAUUAGAUGCCAUUUCUUCUUGCACAAAGCUUUUAAGAAAUAUUAUUUAUUAUUCAAUGGACAUUCCUUGCUAUAGAGGGAAAUGACAUUUAUUCAUAAAUAUAUUAUUAGGAGGUGGUUGGAGAUAAUAAAUUCUUCAGAGGGUUGGUAAAAGGAAUAUCAUUUUAAUUCUUGCUAUGCUUGGAAAAAGACAAAUUCUCUCGCCCCCCCAAAUCCCUCAUUGAUCUGUAGAUGAUCUUCAUCAGCUGUAUUUAAUACCUUGAUCAGGGGUCAAUAGGAAAAUAAAGAUAUAUACAGGGGUUCAGAGUUAAACCCACAUGCUCCCUGAUCCUAAAAAUAGUUCACCGGAAUAGAUCUGUCUCAUUCAUGCAAGCUACUUUCUCUGUUGCUAGAGAAACUCUCCCUUCUUGAAAAUUGAAAUCUGAAUGCCUGUUGAUUUUGACCAUAGAAAGGACAGAAUGGGGAGGGAAACAGAGGAUAGAUUGGAGUCUUUGCUCUGGCUUAGAUGGCUUCAAUUUGCCCACACCCCAAAGGCAGAAGCACCCUAAAACCCCAGAGACGGGCAUUUCUGGUGAUGAAACACCCAUCCCAGAGACAGUUUAGGAUGAAAGCUCUCCCUCUCUUUCGGAAGCCCAUCAAAAUCUGAUGGAUCAUUUCUUUGGAGCCACCAUCAUUUUUUAAAAGAAUAUUUUUUGGGGAGGACUGACUUUGAACUACCUCUCAAAGACUUGUUAGUUGCAUUUUCUGUUCCUUUUGGGACACCGCUGCCUUAAAAGGCAAAUGAACAGCCCCAAAAGGCUAUCUUAAGAUGUCGUAUAUUUCACACUCGAUGGGAAUGUGAACUUUAGACAACCGGGAUGGGAGUUGUGUGGCUUCUGGUUUUUCCUUCGCCUUUCUUGCACAAUGUUUGCUGAGCUCUCUUCUUAAAAAUAAACUAACCUCUCGCACCUUUUCUCUCUCCCUGUCCUUCCUCUCCUUAAAAAAAUAAAACCCCCAUGCACAGAUCUGUCAGGAUUUGAAUGCCUGCUAGCAGCUGCCGCCUCACUGGAAGAAGUUUUCUCUCUGGUUAUGGGCACCUUUUUCGGAGUCGUUACAACCCUGUGUGCUUUCCAUCCUCUGGCAACUGAAGACCCGAGAUUCCUUCCCUUCUCUCUGCUGGGCUUCUGCCAAAUCGAGGCAUUGUGA